AUCCAUCAGUUUCUCCCUACUGUGAAGCUACACCAUGGGGACAUGGGGAUGUCCGACGUGACCCCGGACCUGAAUUAGCGGCGCAAAUGAAGUGGAUUCUUUUGAUAUCGAAAUGGGGUUUAGCUUAAAUGCAGAUAUUCGGCUUAUGUACGCUGAUCCAGAUAAGUUGAUUUGCUCUGCUUGUUCAUGUAAUUUGAGUUGGCGGGUCUCUUUGAUUUUUGUGCUUUAGUUCCCUGUGCUUAGGUUAGUUUUUGCAAUUUGCUUUUCUUUGUUUGUGGCUGGCUAUUUGUGACUGGUUUUGAAGGCGGGAGAAAGAUUUCUGGGUUGGCCUAAAAAUUUUGAUUUUGUUGGGGAGAUUAGUUAAUAUCUGUUGUAUGCAAAAACAGGAAUGGAGGGGUUUUCUGAGUUUUCUUGGUUUUAAUUUGCAUGUAUUCGGGUUUUUGUUUAUGCUGAUUUUCCUGAAGGAGCUGAAAUUUUUUUAAGAUCAAGGAUUCGGUGAGAUUUUUUGAUCGCCGCGUAGCAUCGAUACAUGGAAACUUUUCUCGAAUCCCUGAUUGUUGGUUUUCAUGAAUAAAUGCAGAAGAUUCUUGUGGGAGGGAUUAUUGUGAAAAUAUUUUGAAGGACAGUAGAAGCUUCAGAUAGGAAAUUUCUAACCGACUGUUGCUUCCUUUUUCCUCUGAAUACAUACGCCUCCUUGUGGUCAAAGAAUUUCUGUGGCGGAAGGAAGAUAUAUGUAUUGAGCUUUUGAUACAGAUAAUUUAUCAUGGUUUUGGGUCGAAGUAACCUUCAGUAAAGAUCAAUGGAAGGUAAUUUAUCAGCGGGAAACAUGAUUCCAGGUGCUCCUUAUGGGGUUCUGGACUUGCAGGGAUCGAUGCAUGUUCAUCACCAACCACACCCACACACCCCUCACCAACAACACUCCCAUCCUAACCAGGGCUGUAUGGUCCAUCCCCCUAUCCAUGAUGUCUUCCCCUUCACGGUAGGAAAUAUGCAUGAAUGCAAUCAGCCCAUCAACCUUGUGGAUUACAACAAGGGUGAGAAGGCAAAGAAUUCCACAAGCGAUGAAGAUGAGACAAGCUUAAAUGAAGAUGGCAAUGAUUGCCAUAACGAAGCUGGGAAAGGGAAGAAGGGGGUUCCAUGGCAGCGCAUGAAGUGGACUGAUUCAAUGGUGAGGCUUCUUAUAACUGCUGUUUCUUACAUAGGCGAGGAUGCUGCCUCUGAAUGUGGCAGCCGGGGGAGAAGGAAAUUUGCGAUCCUACAGAAGAAGGGGAAGUGGAAAUCAGUCUCAAAGGUCAUGGCUGAGAGAGGAUGUUUUGUCUCGCCCCAGCAAUGUGAGGACAAGUUCAACGACUUGAACAAAAGAUACAAAAGGCUCACGGAUGUCCUUGGGAGAGGAACUUCUUGCGAGGUUGUUGCAGACCCUGCACUGUUGGACAUGAUAGACCUCUCUGAAAAAACAAAGGAGGACGUUAGGAAGAUUUUGAGCUCGAAGCAUCUGUUCUAUGAAGAGAUGUGCUCCUAUCACAAUGGGAACCGGCUGCACCUCCCAGCUGAUCCAGCACUGCAGCGAUCCUUGCAGUUGGCACUUAGGAGUAGGGAUGUUCAUGAGACUCAUGACACUAAGAGGCCUCCACAAGAUGAUGUUGAUGAAGAAGAUCAGGAGGCAGAAAGUGAUGAUUGUGAUGAUGAAUCGGAGGAGAAUCAUGCCUUACACAGGGAUAAUGGGGGAACAUUUGGGGUUCCUGGAUCGUUUGCAAAGAGGAUGAAACAUGGACAGGAUCAUGAAGACAUGAAUUUUGGGAACCCCUCAAGUUCUCAGGAUUGUAACAAAAGUUACCCUUCUCAUGCACAAAUUCUCCCUGCUGACAUUGAUAAAGUGUUCCCUGAAGGGUCCAAAGCGGCUUGGUUACAGAAGCAGUGGAUUCAAUCUCGCUUCCUUCAGUUGGAAGAGGAGAAAUUACAAAUUCAGGUGCAGAUGUUGGAGCUGGAGAAACAGAGGUUCAAGUGGCGGAGAUUUAGCAGAAAGAAAGACAGGGAGCUGGAUAAACUGCGAAUGGAAAAUGAGAGGAUGAAGCUUCAAAAUGAGCGUAUGGCGUUAGAAUUGAAACGCAAGGAGCUAGAAAUUGAUUAUACAUAAAUGGCCUGAGCUGCAACAAUACAUAGUGUUCUUUAUUGUGAGUAAUCAGUUGUUGAUUUAACAGGAGAAUAUAUUUGACAAAUGUUUACUUAUUACCCUUUUUUGCCUCCCAUGUGCAUUUGAUAAGUCCCUUGUAAUCUUGGUCUCGGUGGA